AUGAAGGCGCUCAAGAAAAUUCAGCCUGAAAAGGUGAAGGAGAGAGCGAGAGACGCUGCGAGCGCCGUUAAGUUAUACCCGCCCCAGAAGGAUCCGCUGAUCAGUGGCGCUAUUUUAAAUAUUCUGGUUGACACUGGAAGCAGUAAUUUUGCUGUAGCAGGUGCACCUGAGGCUGAUGUCACCUCCUACUUCAAUCCAGAGCUGUCAAGUACAUAUAAGUCUCAAGGAAUUGAUGUCACAGUUAAGUACACUCAAGGAAGCUGGACUGGAACGCUAGGUACAGAUGUCAUUACAAUCCCGAAAGGAAUCAAUGGCAGCUACACUAUCAACAUUGCUACCAUUUUUGAAUCAGAGAAUUUCUUCUUGCCAGGGGUUAAAUGGCAGGGGAUUCUUGGUCUUGCCUAUGAUGCCUUAGCCAAGCCUUCAAGUUCUGUGGAGACGUUCUUUGAUUCUCUUGUGAGCCAAGCAAAGAUUCCCAAUGUCUUCUCCUUGCAGAUGUGUGGUGUUGGACUGCCUGUUUCUGGAAGUGGUACCAACGGAGGUAGUCUUGUGGGUAUCUGUCCAUCUCAGAGGGAGAAU